AUGGACACCAACAUGGAGGAUGCGGGCAAAGUAGAGCACACACUGGGCGCAUCCACCGACCCGCCGUCCACCCCCACCCUCGACGGCUGGAUCGAAACCCUGAUGCAAUGCAAGCAGCUAUCCGAAGAAGACGUGCGCCGGCUAUGUGAGAAGGCGCGCGAGGUGCUGCAGGACGAGUCGAACGUGCAGCCGGUCAAAUGCCCCGUGACGGUGUGCGGCGACAUCCACGGCCAGUUCCACGACCUGAUGGAGCUCUUCAAAAUUGGCGGGCCGAACCCGGACACCAACUACCUCUUCAUGGGCGACUACGUCGACCGCGGCUACUUCUCCGUGGAGACGGUGACGCUGCUCGUGGCGCUCAAGAUCCGCUACCCCUCGCGCAUCACCAUCCUGCGUGGCAACCACGAGUCCCGGCAGAUUACGCAGGUGUACGGCUUCUACGACGAGUGCCUUCGCAAGUACGGCAACGCCAACGUGUGGAAGUUCUUCACCGACCUCUUCGACUAUCUGCCCCUCACCGCGCUCAUCGACAAUCAGAUCUUCUGCCUGCACGGCGGCCUCAGCCCGAGCAUCGACACGCUUGAUAACAUCCGCCAGCUCGAUCGGAUACAGGAGGUGCCACACGAGGGUCCGAUGUGUGACCUGCUCUGGUCGGACCCCGACGAUCGGUGUGGCUGGGGGAUCAGUCCGCGAGGCGCGGGGUACACGUUUGGGCAGGACAUUAGCGAGGCGUUUAAUCACAACAACGGGCUGACGCUCGUCGCUCGUGCACAUCAGCUGGUCAUGGAGGGGUAUAAUUGGAGUCAGGACCGGAACGUGGUCACCAUUUUCUCGGCACCCAACUACUGCUACCGCUGCGGCAACCAAGCGGCCAUUAUGGAAAUCGACGAACACCUCAAGUACACCUUCUUACAAUUCGACCCCUGCCCUCGAGCCGGCGAACCCAUGGUCUCCCGCCGAACUCCCGACUACUUCUUGUAG